AUGGCUGACGAAACCAUCCAAGAAGCCGCCCCCCAAUCUCCGCAGGUCUUCGUAACCGGCACGCUGCGCCAGCGUGACCCUCCUUUCUUUAGUGGAACAGAUGACCACGAUGUGGAAGAUAGGCUGGCGACAUUCGAAAAGCCUUCAACUUCCUUUGCAGCACGUUCCCACGCCUGCUACCUGCCACUGCUUGAGGGUACGGCUGGCUGCUCCACCCCAAAUCAACGAUUCUACUUUAACACAACCAGCCAGCGGUGUGAGCAGUUCUUGUUAAGAGGCUGCGUAGGCAAUACCAACAAUGUCCUGAGGUUGGAGGAUUGUCAACGAAAGUGCUAUGGGCCCGCAUACCCUGAGUUCGGGAAGGACACCGACGCCGUGGAACUUCCGCAGAUGCGGGUGUUGCCUUCGUGGUACUGCAGCCUACCAGCAAAGACAAGACCGUGCGAGGCAGCCAUUCGGCGCGUCUUCCACAACGUCACCAGCGAGGCCUGUGAAGACUUCGUGUACGGAGGUUGUGGAGGCAACCAGAACAACUUUAACAACCACCCGCUAUGCCACGCAGCCUGCCAUCCGCGCUGUAUGGUGCUUGCUCGUCCGUGAGAAGAGUGGUCACACCAUGGAUACAGACAUAUUAGUGCAGGGCGCGGCGCAUGGAUCUAAAAGCC